UCACCAAACACCCCACACAAGGACUGUGAAGCCUCCGCAAGGAGCACUUAUCGUGUUAUCAUUCCAUAAGUUUUGUUUAUUGAUAUGAUUCAGUUUGCAACGAUUAAAUUUGGCAUCCAUCAAAAAGUGCGCAAAAAAAUUCGGCUCUUGCGUGGUGAAAGUUCGGGGUCAUGUUCUGAAGAAGAAAUUAACAAUGUUUUGCCUGAAGACCUCCGAGAUCGCCCUGAAACGCACAUGUGCCCCAGAUGUCAGGAGCAAUUCGAAAACUUUAACGAUUUCUUGUAUCACAAACGACUUUGCGAUGAAAAAGCAAUUCAAAUGGGUGAAGAGAGAAUGCACUCAGAUCCCGAAGACAUGGUUGUCUCCGGGGACGAAGAAAUGGAUAGCCCCAACAAACGAUUAGAGCAAGUAAGAAGGCAUCGUCAGGAUGCGGAAAAUAAUAAUAGCCUAGAAGAUGGAGAAGCCGAAGUACCUGAGGCUGAUGUUCCUCCUGUUGGAUUACCAUUUUCGGUAGCAGGGCAUGUGACACUGGAAGCACUUCAAAAUACGAAGGUUGCUGUAGCACAAUUUGCUGCCACAGCAAUGGCCAAUAACGCCAACAAUGAAGCUGCGUUACAUGAGCUGGCAGUAUUACAGAGUACGUUGUUCACACUGCAGCAUCAGCAAGUGUUUCAACUUCAAUUAAUAAGACAGUUGCAAAAUCAAUUAUCAUUAACGAGGAGAAAAGAUGAUCAACCACCAAGUCCACCACCGGUUGAACAAGAAGCGACCGCUCCAUCGACUCCGGUUCGAUCACCAUCACCGCCUCGUCCGCCACGGGAGCCAUCUCCUGCUGUAUCGACUCCUCCCAGUAGCCAAAGCUUGCCAUCGACCCACUCGCAUAUCACACCUAAAAUUGAACCGAUUUCCAUCCCUAAACCGCCAACCGCAUCUCCACCUAUGAUGUCACAUCCACCCUACAGCUCCAUUUCGUCAUCAUUAGCUUCUUGUAUUAUCACGAAUAAUGAUCCUCCACCGUCCCUUAAUGAACCAAAUACGCUUGAAAUGCUACAGAAGCGAGCGCAAGAAGUACUUGACAAUGCAUCACAAGGCUUAUUAGCGAAUAAUUUAGCCGACGAACUGGCGUUUAGAAAAUCUGGCAAAAUGUCACCCUAUGAUGGAAAAAGUGGAGGUAGGAAUGAACCGUUUUUCAAACACAGAUGUAGAUAUUGUGGAAAAGUAUUUGGAAGUGACUCUGCACUUCAAAUACACAUUCGGUCACAUACAGGCGAGCGACCUUUUAAAUGUAAUGUUUGUGGAUCAAGAUUUACAACAAAAGGAAACCUUAAAGUUCAUUUUCAAAGGCAUACAUCUAAGUUUCCACACGUAAAAAUGAACCCGAACCCAGUGCCAGAACACUUAGACAAAUACCACCCUCCACUUCUUGCACAACUCUCCCCGGGGCCAAUUCCAGGGAUGCCCACACAUCCUCUUCAGUUUCCUCCUGGCGCACCAGCUCCAUUUCCGCCAAGCUUGCCAUUAUACAGACCAACGCAUCAUGAUUUACUUCCACCACGCCCACUCGGUGACAAAACACUUCCUCCACACCCAUUAUUUUCAAUGAGAGAAGAGCAAGAUGCACCUGCAGAUUUAAGCAAACCUUCUGCACCCAGCCCAUCAAGAUUAACGUCUGAGAUGUUUAAGUCUGAACCACAAGAUGAUGAGAGCCAACGUGAUUCUAGUUUUGAAGAAACUGACCGAAUAUCACCUAAGCGAGAGCCAGAGGAGAAUGAACCCGUACAUGAUGCAGAACAAGAUCGAUAUCCAUCCACUUCACCCUACGAUGACUGCAGUAUGGAUUCGAAGUAUAGUAAUGAAGACCAAAUUGGAAGAGAAAGUCCUCACGUGAAGCCGGAUCCUGAUCAACCGGAAAAUCUUUCAAGUUCGGAGAGCGGGCGGAGUGCGCGAGCUUCACCGCCAUCACCGUCCCCGCCGCCGUCGGCGCUGUCUACGCCGCCAGGGCUGCCGCACCAUUCACCGCUGCCCUCGCCGCCUACACCCCUGGCUGCACUGGGCGCCCUUGGCGGAUCGCCCUUCAGCCCGCUCGGACUCGCGUUCCCUCCCGCAGUGCGUGGGAAUACAACGUGUACCAUCUGCUACAAAACCUUUGCGUGCAACUCAGCACUCGAGAUACACUACCGAAGUCACACUAAGGAGCGACCUUUCAAAUGCACUGUCUGUGACAGAGGCUUCUCUACUAAGGGCAACAUGAAGCAACAUAUGCUUACACAUAAAAUACGUGAUAUGCCACCAAGCUUCGAUAAGAAUGGAAGUAACCCAGCGAGCAGUGAAGAUGGACGGGAACCAAGUCCCGAGAGGCGAUCGUCGCCCGAUAAAAUGGAUCUAAAGCGGUCACCCCCAGUACACCCGCCACCACCCAUACAUCACCCGCCCUCUAUUGAUAUGCCACCUUUACCAAAGAGACCUACAGUGCCAAGUGCGCCUGUACACCCGCCACUCUCUGCCUCAUCGAAGCAUUUAUGUGGAGUGUGUCGCAAGAAUUUCUCAUCUUCGUCAGCUCUACAGAUUCACAUGCGGACUCAUACUGGCGACAAACCAUUCCGCUGCGCAGUCUGCCAGAAAGCUUUUACUACAAAAGGAAAUCUAAAGGUACACAUGGGAACUCACAUGUGGAGCGGAGGAGCGUCACGACGCGGGCGUCGUAUGUCCCUUGAGCUGCCACCGCGGCCCUUGCACGAGCCCCAUGAUCUACUGCGACGACCUGACCUAUUCUACCCAUAUCUCCCUGCACCCUUCCUUAACGGCAUGCAGCAAAAGCUGAAUGAAAUAUCGGUGAUACAACAGAGCGCCGGGCAGAACGGAGUAGCCGGUAAAUUCCCGGGUCUCCUUGGUUUCGGUGCGUUUGGGGCCGGUCGACCUGGUGCAGCGUCACCUUUGGAAAGGCCGCCAUCUUUGGAGAACGAUGAACGUCAAGCUGCCAUGCGGGAGUUAGCUGAACGCGGGCGGGAACUAGCUGAAAGACGGCAGAUGCGCGAAGAGAGUGAUCAUUACAGAUCUCCUGUGCACGCGCCGCCUACACCCGCGCAGCCUUCUUCCCCCGCAUCACAUCAUCCGCAUCAACAUCCUUUAGCCUCGCUACCACCACCCGCUAGAACCGAAGGUCUCACUGUCUGAACCUCGAGAUAUCGAUAAGGGGACAUUUCUCACUUUAGAGUGCAUCACUGUUUCUUAAAUAACACAGACUACAUUUGUAAAUAAACAGUCUGGAAGGUGCAUUGAAGCUACAGAAAGAAACAUGAUAACAAAACGCAAUACGACUUCAUAGACAGUGGUGCGAUCUGAGCUUAGCGUGACCCCAUUGAUCGUCGACGACCACAUUCCAAAGACCAAUAGCGGGCAAGUCAUCAACGAUCUAGUAUUCUCAAAUAUGUACAAAGAAAAAGAGUACUCAAAGUGAAGGACUGAUCUUAAAUAUAUUGUGUUAGCGUAAGACACGUAUGUGUAUCGAUGUAUUUAUAGAGUCGUUAUUCCAAGUGUUAUUACGCCAAUAGUAUUGCUAUAAGUAUGCACGAGUACGGGCCGGGGGCAAUGCGGGACUUAAGAGUCCCACUAUAUGUCAUUACUCUGUGAUAAUGCACAUAAAGAGGCUGUGUCUUUCGGACGGAGGUAUGAAAUCAGAUAUAUUAGAUGCAGUCGAAUGUGCUUCAAACAUCAAAAGUAAUUAUAAAUUAUCCCAAAAAUUAAUUAUUCAUAAAUCUAUAUCGUAAAUUGUAAAUAAAAUGUAUAAUAUUUAGUUUUGUAAGUAAAAUAGUUAAAU